UGCACUGGGAGUGUGGGUGUGUGCUGCUGGUAAACAGUCUUGACCGCGUGUGAGAAGCAGCAGAAGAAGCAGCAGAGGAGUCCGCUGUAUUGAGACCUCCGGGGCUUUCUGGCACUGAUAAAGCCUUGUAAUAGGAUUAGCCAAACACACAUUUCUAUAGUGUGACACAGAGAAUCCUGAUCCAGCAGACACAAUUGAUAAUCCAGGUGUGGGAAGGGACAAGCAAUCAUGGCGGGGGAUGCACUAAUGCUGAUGAGAGGCCUGGCCAAGCUCAGCAAGGCUGUAUUAGAGGUGCAGGCCGGGCAACUGCGCCAACCAACACUUGGCAUAAAUGGCAUUGGAUUUGCCAGGAGCUGGCAGGUGGCGGUGGAGGAACGUUUCAGUGCUGCAAUGGGAAAGAUGCAGGAUCUGGGCAAGCAGCAAGAGAACCUCGCUGAGCAGGAUAUUGACACAGAAUACAGCUUCUCUGGGCCGGCUUCAGAGAUUGCUGGCAUGGACUAUUCCUCGUCUUCCAGCCAGACUCAGGAAUUGCACCACAGUGAGGCUGAUGCACCGAGCAAGGAUACAACUUACAGGGGUCAGUCGCAAACAGACCGCUCUUUCCAUCCUGACCUGUCUGUUGAAAGGGACAAUGGGGCCUUGUUUGGAAACGUCCAUGACAGUACCAGCCCUUUUGCAGCAUACGGCCAAAAAAGAGCUUUUCACCAGGACCAUUCCUCUGUUAGUGGGCUCACAGCUGAGGAUAUUGAUAAAGCCAGAGAAGCCAAGAAUAACCCACAGCACAAGCCUCACAAACAAAUGCUCAGUGAUCGUGCUCGGGAAAGGAAAGUACCAGUCACGCGGAUUGGAAGGUUGGCCAACUUUGGAGGCUUGGCUGUAGGGUUGGGUAUCGGGGCUUUGGCAGAAGUUGCAAAGAAAAGCUUAAACCCAAAACCAGACAAUGGCUCAGGUAAGAAGUCCGUCAUGGAUUCCAGCCCUUUCCUGACGGAAGCAAAUGCUGAAAGGAUCGUACGGACUCUUUGCAAAGUGCGUGGAGCUGCUCUGAAGCUGGGCCAGAUGCUCAGUAUACAAGAUGACUCCUUUAUUAACCCCCAGCUGCAGAAGGUCUUCGAGAGGGUGCGGCAGAGCGCGGACUUCAUGCCGAUAAAGCAGAUGAUGAAAACAUUAAAUAACGAUUUGGGCCCCAACUGGAGAGAAAAGCUGGAAUUCUUUGAAGAACGCCCUUUUGCUGCAGCCUCAAUUGGGCAAGUUCAUCUGGCCCGAAUCAAGGAUGGGAGGGAAGUUGCCAUGAAAAUUCAGUAUCCCGGUGUAGCACAGAGCAUCCACAGUGAUGUGAACAACCUCAUGACGGUUCUGAAUAUGAGCAAUGCUCUCCCUGAAGGUCUAUUUCCUGAGCAUUUGAUUGAAGUGCUAAGCAGAGAAUUGGCCCUGGAGUGCGACUACAAGAGGGAGGCCGACUGUUGCAAAAAAUUCAAAGAGCUGCUGAAGGACCAUCCUUUCUUUUAUGUCCCCGGAGUGAUUGAUGAACUGUGCACUGGGCACGUCCUGACCACCGAGUUGGUCUCUGGCUUCCCACUUGAUCAAGCAGAAGGUCUGAGCCAGGAGACUCGCAAUGAGAUCUGCUACAACAUCCUUGUACUGUGCCUACGGGAACUGUUUGAGUUCCGCUUCAUGCAGACUGAUCCAAACUGGUCCAAUUUCUUCUAUGACCCUCAGCAACAUAAGGUUGCCUUGCUGGACUUCGGAGCUACCAGGGGUUUCGAUGAGGAGUUCACUGACCUAUAUAUUGAGGUCAUUCGAGCAGCUGCGGAUCGAGACAGAGAAAAACUGCUACAAAAAUCUGUAGAGAUGAAAUUCCUGUCGGGCUAUGAAUCCAAGCCAAUGGAGCAGGCGCACUUGGAGGCAGUGCUGAUUCUCGGGGAGGCGUUUGCAUCGGCUUCACCCUUUGACUUCGGUUCUCAGAGCACCACGGAGAGGAUCCACCGCCUCGUUCCUAUCAUGUUAAAGCACCGACUGAUCCCCCCUCCGGAGGAAACCUACUCUCUGCACCGCAAGAUGGCGGGCUCCUUCUUGAUUUGUUCAAAACUAAAGGCCAAGAUAAGCUGCAAGGACAUGUUUGAGGAAGCCUACAGCAAUUACUGGAAGAGAAAAAGCAAAUAGGAAUCCAUAGGGGGCGCCACCUCCUUGAGCAAAUGCUGAAGUGCGAUUCCUAUAGGAAGAGACCCUGAGUAUUAGCAGCCUGUUAGGAAGCCUUUCUACUGUGCUCUCCGACACUUCGGACAUUAAAUCGUAGUUGAAUAAGGAACUUUUGAAAAUAUUUGUUUUUGGAGAAUUUUUUUUUUUUUUGAAAAAGACUGAUUUAAAAAAUUUAGAAGAAUUUUUUUUUUUUUUAAAAAAAAAGAAGCCUAUCAAUCGUUGGAAGCUAAAUCGGUGGUGUUGAUGUCGGAUAAACAAGGGACCUGACAGAUAAUCUGUAACCUGCAAGUGACAAGUUAAUCUGCUUUUCCCCCCCUUCCCAACUGAAGUUUGUUGCAAAUAAGUCAAAAUUAAACGCUUUUGUACCGAGAAA